AUGGCCCCAAUCAAUAAGAAAAGCGAAAAGGUCGCUAAGACUUUCACUGUGGACUGCUCUGCUCCAACCGAUAACGGUGUCUUUGACCCAGCCUCUUACGUUAAGUACUUGGUUGAACACAUCAAGGUCGAAGGUCACACUGGUAACUUGGGUGAAGAGAUCUCUGUUUCCCAGGAAGGUGAAUCCAAAGUCGUCAUUGUCUCGACUGCUCCUUUCUCUGGUAAGUACUUGAAGUAUCUUUCUAAGAGAUACUUGAAGAAGAACCAGAUUAGAGACUGGAUCAGAUUCAUAUCCGUCAAGAAGAACGAGUACGCUUUGCAAUUCUACUCCGUCGCCGUCGAUGAGGACGAGGAGGAAGAAGCAGAAGACGAAGAGAUGACCAGUUUACCUACGCGAGAUUUGUGUGAGAGUGGAGAGGAGAUUAGUGACGAUGAGUUCAUGGAGUUUCAGCUUAAUAAUUCCAGAUAUGCAAAGAAUGAAACUGUUAAUGUUAUCGAUCAUAAUUUGCAAAAAGUUGCCGAAGAGUAUAAGGGAAGGGAGAAUGGAGAUAGAGAGGAGAUAAAUCAAUCUGAAAAUGGGACCAAGACGAACUCGGAAACAGAUGCCGGGGUUGAGUCUGACCCCAGACACAGUCAUCCAUCUGACACUUUCGACACUUCCACUUCUGAUUCCAUUAACUACGACGAAUGGAAGGAGAUGGAUACUCAAAUCGACUGCGGUGAUCUCUAUGAUGCUAAGGGCGAAAGCAUACAGAAUGUGUUCAAUGGGAAAGUGGCUGUGUCAAAGUCAAAGAGCAGCGAUGAAUCUAACUCUUUUGCAUUUUGGACAAAGUCAAGGAAGAAUCACAGCGCUAGCACUGUUAGUGUGAUGAAUAAUGCAUCCUUUGCUGACAGCAAUAAAUCUCUUUCAAGCUUUGACAACAGUCGGGGAGUCAGUCGGAACUACAUUCGUGUUGCAAUGGAAGAGCAAGCCACCAAAUUUUUAGAAAUGGACAAACAGUUCGAGUUUCUCUUUCAAAAUGAGAACGACAACUUGAGGAAGUUGCAUGGAUCGUCAUCAAUGUCUCUAGUAACGGCUGAAAAUAUUGACGGUGAAAAAGUAAACGAUGACAGCGAUGGAAGCGAUACGGUAGCAGAUUACGACGAGUUCGAUGACUUUAAUCAGCCUUCAGAAACUAUAAUUGAUCGUGAGAUGACUGUGGGAAAUCAGCUCCUCACUACAAAAUCGAUGCUUCAAGGGUCUCAGAAAAUAGCAUAUGCGGCAUUAGCCAAAUUGACAAUGGUAGAGCAGCAUAUUCAAUUAAACGAGAUUCGUGGCUCAGAGUCCAUCAGGGUGAUGAAGAAAAUGGCAGCUGCCCAGAAAUCGUUCACACGUUGGUCAAUGAAUGUUAUGGAAGAGCUUUAUGAUCAUCUUGGUAUUACAAGCUUGCGGGAGCAACAGAUGAUUGAAAACUUGAGUUGUCACGGUGUUGAACCCGGGGAUUUAGUAAAGUGGUUCGAUAGCAAGUUGGUUGUCGAAAGUGAGAUCACUGAGAAGGAUGUUCAGAUGGUUGAUAUUGAUUCCGAUUUCAAAAAGGACUCUUCCUCAUUCAAUAUCGACAUUCGUUGGACACUUAUAUGCGACUUAUUCCUUAUUUUACUUGACUCUUCCGUAUAUGAUGCAAGAUCAAGAACUAUGAUGGUAAACUUUGCCGAAUAUCUUGGAAUCAAGGAUCUGGAGGUGUUCCAGUUUGAAAGAAGGAUCACUGGAGCUCUAGAGAUGGACGAAAUUACAGCUAUUGUAAACAGUCAAAAGUCUUGGAACGAGAGAGAUCUCAUCAAAGAGCAUAAGGAGAAGGGUAGAGGCAAGAAGAUAGUUAAGAUUGCUUUUGCCACUGUUGCCGGAGGUCUUGUGAUUGGACUAAGUGCUGGUGCUUUGGCCCCUGUUAUCGGUGCAGGUGUUGCUGCCGGUUUUUCCACCAUCGGAAUUGGUGGUACUGCUGGUAUCUUUGCAGGUACAGCCGGUACAUCUGCUAUAACAGCCGGUGGUGUAUUAACAGGUAUGAGAAUCGGUCAAAAAGGUAUGGAUAAUCGUGUUGGAUCCGUGAAGACGUUCGAAUUCAAGCCUUUGCAUAACAACGGACGACUAAACUUGAUUCUUACCGUAUCUGGAUGGAUGUCUGGUAAGAUGGACGAUGUUCGUUUACCGUUUAGUACCGUUGAUCCUGUUAUGGGAGACCUUUACUCACUUCUUUGGGAACCUGAUAUGCUUACGAGUAUGGGACAGACCAUUGAAAUCUUGGCCAACGAGAUUCUUACUCAAUCUAUUCAACAAAUUUUGGGUGUCACCAUUUUAACAACCUUGAUGGGUGCUAUUCAACUUCCUAUGUGGCUUUCAAAAUUAAGUUAUCUACUUGAUAAUCCUUGGAGUGUUUCGUUGAACAGAGCUGAAACUUCGGGACUUAUUCUUGCUGAUACGUUGAGGAGAAGUAAGUUAGGUGUUCGACCUAUCACAUUGGUUGGAUUCAGUAUUGGAGCCAAAGUUGUUUACACGUGCCUUCUGGACUUGGCCAGAACCGGAGAUUAUGGCAUAAUUGAGAAUGUCUAUAUAUUUGGAGCUCCUGUUAUGAUUGACAAUGAUUCUGUGGCAUUAGCACGUAGUAUCGUUAGUGGUCGCUUUGUUAAUGGAUACUCAAAACAGGACUGGAUCUUGGGUUACUUAUUCCGGGCGGCUUCUGGAGGAUUGAGAAGUGUGGCUGGAUUAUCUCCAAUUGAUGGGGUGGAAAAUGUUGAUUGUACAUCAAUGGUGAAAGGACACAUGGACUACCGUAAAGUGAUGCCCAAGCUGUUGAGGAAGUUGGGAUGGGAGGUGAUCAGUGACAAUUUCGUGGAAAUCCAAGAGGCAGAUGCUGAGGCAACGGAAAGACAAAGGAAAUUAAUCAAUGAUUUUGAGACGGCAAAGACAUCAGACCCUAAGAGGAAGAACACAUGGUACAACAAGUGGUUCGGCAAGAAAAAUAAGGAAUGGUGGCAAAUGUAUGAAGAAGGUAUGAAGGAACGAGCAAAGAGCAACGAAGGUAAGGAGGAAGAAAAUAGGGAUGACCCUGCACUAUUCGAUAUUGCUGCAUUACGAGAGGAGGUGACCAAGAUCGAAGUGGAAUCCGAGAAGAGAGGACAAGUGGAUCAAGAAAAGAUUGGAGCACAGAAAGAACAACACGUCCGGGAACCGAAGACUCCUUGGGCAGCUCCAGAGCUAGCUAAGAAUACGGAAUUGAGAGAAUUUAAGACUCCCAAGAUGGAGGAAUAUCAUCAUCAGCAUGAGCCCAGCCGUAAUGGAAGCGUUGGCAGCACUGGAAAUAGUGGUGGAAGGUUCAACUUUAAUGUAGUUGACACUUCUCCAGCGCCAUCAAUAGAAGUGACAGGAUCUCCGCGUCGAACCGGGUUGCGACCACAGUCGGGAUUCCAUCGAGGAUCGGGUUCAUUAGAUGCAGUUGCUGAAGAGUUCUAUACUGAGCGCAAUCAGAAACAUCUUCAUAUUGCCAACCUGGCUAUAAAGUCGAAUGGGAAUUCAGGCUCAAAAUUAGAGUCAAAAUCAGUUCUGGGAAUCGACUACGACGACAAAGACGAGUUUCCUCAAGAUGAAAGUCAGCUGAAAGUUAGCUUUACGUAG